AUGCUUGCGCAAUCGUCACUUUUCCACAAACUCGGUAAGGUAGUUAUGCCGGUGUUUCUGCGAAAAAAACAUGACUACUUUCCACGUACACUGAAACUACACAAUGGCAAGAAGGUAAGGAACAUAAAUCAGUACUCUUAAUCUCAGAAGGUCCUAGGACCUUGCAUGACGUACACGGAGAAUAGAUUUCAGCUAUACUUUAUCCUGGAUCUUUCAUUUUAAAAUGUUACAUCUUAAAGGAGCUGUGUCACGAAAUUCAGCCAAAUUAGGAAAUUACAAAAUGCAAGCUAAAUUAAGAGAAACAUAAAAAUAACCGCUUAAAAGUUUAAAGAAAGGUUAAAAUAACAUAACAGACACAACAGAUGCCACGGAUGGGCAAAACGGAAGAGCAUUGAAACGGAUUGAAAUUAGGGUUUUUGAAAACUGUUCAGCCUAACAGUUUUUCAAAGUUGAUCCCUGCUGCUUGCAACUUCAAAAAUAAUGCUCAGGAGACAUAUUUGUUUGUCUUGGAUCUCUGAUUUUGUCAGUUACAUGUAAUUUCUUUGCUUACUUUAAGUUCCAUAGCGAUUGGGGGCGAGUAAUUGGCAAAAUUAAACAAAAUGAACUGGACUGCCGUGACACACCCCCUUUAAAUUUAAUACCGAGAAUGUUCAAUAGCGUUGCCAGGGGUAACCUGUAACCAAAUUGCAACCUCGACCCUAGGCUCGCCCCUAAGGUCGUCUCAGUUUCCAAUACGGCGAAGUUCCUGGAGACGAAUGUUGAUGACGAAAAUAGAAAAGAUCAGCCUUGCAUUUAGUUUUUAAACUAAAGAUCAGACCCUAACAUUUACAAUAUAUUUAUGCCCUUCAUUCAAUAUGUUGAUUUUCAACAAAGAUAACCAUAUAUUGCAGUCGACAUAGGACCACCUUAUAGUUUGUCAAGGAAAUUUUGUGAUGAAGGAAACAACCCCACUGUUUGUACAUCUGUACGUUACCAAUCUACAUUUUAUUCUUCAACUUAGUUGUUGUUUGUGUUGUUUUCCUCAGUGUAAGCAACUAUUUUCAUCCAAUGAAAUGGAUCGGCGACUGAACAGAAUCCGCAGUCACAUGGAACAGGAAGGCAUUGACGCAUGCGUGUUUACAUCAUACUACAACGUGUACUAUUUUAGCGAUUUCCUUUAUUGUUCGAUGGGAAGGCAAUACUGUUUAAUCGUUACUGACGAAACGACCAUCACCAUUACUCCAUGUAAGUACGUACCCAUUGAGGGAUGAUUAGAAGAGAAGAUUCGUGUAUUUCGUUUUCCCUCUUUUCUCUUUUUUUACCCAUCCAUCCAUCCAUCCGUCUGUCCGCCCAUCAGUUAGUCACUCUGGAAAGCUUACUAAUAAGAUCUAAUAAGUCGGUGUGUUGGAUAUUCAGAAAAUAUAAAGUAAGGCACAGUAUGACCUGAGAAGUAUGCAGAUCAAGGAGGGAUUUAUCAGACAGUUGAGCUAACACAACCUCGUCCUCAAGGUAUCGGUUUUGGUUGCCGUCCCUUUCUUUGGUGAUAGCAUGUACUAUUGACGUCACUUUACCAGAUAUUGCAAACGUUGUUAUGAAGAAUUAGUCGGGGGAUUUAAGCCAAUCAGAAACGGAGAAAUAGUUUGAAUUAAUAAUAACGUCAAAUUAAUAAUUAAUGAUUGGCUGGUCUUUUGUGCUUUACAGCCGUCGACUAUGGAUAUCCAUGGCGACGAACAAGCGGGGAUAACAUCAGCUAUACUAACUGGCAAAAAGAUAAUUUCUACCACGCAGUUCAACAACAGGUAAAUAGGGAUAAAAUACAGAGAAAUAAGGGGUCAUAUAGAAAGGAAUGGCAAGUCUUGUUUAGGAGUUUUGGGAAUAGUAAAUCUUCCAGUUUCGAUUUCUAAGUAAGGGAGCUAUGAUUUCCUAUCCUAAAUUUGGAGGCUAUACGUUUAUGUUCAAGAUUCCUGAUAUGAUUAAUGAAUUCAGAGUACUUUGUUUCAUUUUUAGAGAUGGAGUAGAAUUUUAGUUUUUUAUGAGUGAGGCUGCAUGGAGGUGACAUGACCUUAAAUUAGUAAAUCCUCCCAGCUACUUUUAUGGAAAUUAUACUGAAAAAAUACUAGUUACUAUAAAAACAUAAUUUACACGCGAAAGCAGAAAGGAGGUACGUUGUAUCAAAAUAAUAGCCUAGCUGCACACAGAACUCAAUACAGGGCUGGCACUACGACAAAGGGCUGAUUUAUUAUAGGCCAAUAUUUCGGCUAACAAAAUUAGCCUUCCUCAGGGCCAGAGCCCAAGAGACCAAGAGAACGUAUCUUUUAACGGCUCUUAAAAUUUGAAUUGAAAAUUCGCAUAAGUGGUUAACAAUUAACUACAAGUAUAAAUACUGGAUAGAAUAAAAUACAGGUAAAUGAUUAUACAAUAAAAAUAGAAAUAGAAACAGUUCAAUGUUCAUUCCUUCUGUUCAGACGGUCUGGUGACACGGUUUUGCCUCCAUGUAAGAGGUACGCUUCUCUCUGUACACAGACCCCCAUUUCCUCUCUAGAGAUCGUCGAGCGUGCGUUUUUGGCUUGAAGCUUUUUCAGUGCCAAACGCACCCUGUCUGAGAACUCGACGGAUCUUAAAAAGGCGGACUGUUCGCAGUCUAGAUCAGAAACGAAGCCCUUUAUAGGUCUGUCUUAAGCUGCUCCAUUCCUAGACGCUAUCGUCUUUGAUGAAUGAAAUGUUUAAAUCCCCAGCUUAAAUCUGCAAAAACCGUUGGUUUAGAGUUCCCCGAUGCAGGAGCAUUCCUCAAAGACUUCUCUGAUGCUCUACCACAAGCCAAGCUAGUCGACGUCGCGGAUGCAGCGAUGCAUAUACGUCGUAUUAAAUCCCCGGAGGAAAUUGAAAUAAUCCGCCAGGGAUCUCGGAUAGCUGAACUUGGGGCAUACGCUGCGAUAAACACGAUUCAUGAGGGUGUGCCAGAGUAUGAGGUCACUCUUUCUGCAACCAACACCAUGGUACGCGAAAUAGCUAAGGCAUAUCCGCACAAUGAUAUCAGGGAUGGUGAGUUGUUUAUUAGUUUUACACCAUUAUUUCUUAUUUCCCAGGUGAGGGGUUCCCUCACCCCUGUCACAGGCAAAAAGUGUAAUAAUAGGGAGUUUAAGCACCAUCAACGACUACGACAACGACAACGACAGCCAAAAAGCAAUAGGUUUCGAUUAGCAGAACUAAGCUCUGUACGUGCAUCACGCAUUUUUGUACAUUUCUAUUACCGCACUACCACGACGAAAAAUGAAAUGAAACUGCCUAAUUCGUUGAGGACGUGAACACAAGGAAACGAAUGUCUUAUACUUUUCUUUUUAACCUUAGAUACAGUCCUUUAGACUCAAAUCCGGAAAAAUUCACCACCAUUUGACAAACUGAACGANAGGGAUCUCGGAUAGCUGAACUUGGGGCAUACGCUGCGAUAAACACGAUUCAUGAGGGUGUGCCAGAGUAUGAGGUCACUCUUUCUGCAACCAACACCAUGGUACGCGAAAUAGCUAAGGCAUAUCCGCACAAUGAUAUCAGGGAUGGUGAGUUGUUUAUUAGUUUUACACCAUUAUUUCUUAUUUCCCAGGUGAGGGGUUCCCUCACCCCUGUCACAGGCAAAAAGUGUAAUAAUAGGGAGUUUAAGCACCAUCAACGACUACGACAACGACAACGACAGCCAAAAAGCAAUAGGUUUCGAUUAGCAGAACUAAGCUCUGUACGUGCAUCACGCAUUUUUGUACAUUUCUAUUACCGCACUACCACGACGAAAAAUGAAAUGAAACUGCCUAAUUCGUUGAGGACGUGAACACAAGGAAACGAAUGUCUUAUACUUUUCUUUUUAACCUUAGAUACAGUCCUUUAGACUCAAAUCCGGAAAAAUUCACCACCAUUUGACAAACUGAACGAAAUGUGAUAGGAGCGACAAAAUUUGAAACAGUACAUUUUAGCGACGUUUUCGCCUCCGUCGACGCCGUCGUUGCUUAAGCUCCCUGACGAUACAACGACGACGACGACGAUGAUGAUGAUGGUGAUGACGUUAUGGGAACGAUAUGCUUCACGUGACCAAGAUAUUUGACACUCCCAGAAAAUGUAAGGUCCAGCUAGACUCUAAGGGAAGGACCAUUAGAAAAGUUAUGGAGGGGGGGGGAUGGGGAAUUUUUGAGCCGCAGAAAUUUUUUUUUCGUUAUCAAAUUCCUUGUAUGAAUAUUUUUAGGCCAUAGCAUGAAUAUUGUUUAGGGUUAAUUGGCGUGCUUGAAAUUUUUUUUUCAUUUAAUUUUCCCUUGUGCGAAUAUUUUUUUUGUACUUCGCCCGCCCCACAACAUAAAUUUUCUAAUGGUCCGUCCCUAACCAAGGGGUUUUCUUGGGAUUACAAAAUAAGUAUUGAUGCUUUGACCUCCAAGUGAGUUAUUAGUUAACAGUUAAAGUUAGGAGUGGCCUUGGGCUGGGGUUUGCGUUUCAAAAAGUCACGUGACAAGUAUUUCCAUCCACACCCCAACACUCUAGGGUGUGUAUGUGGAAUUGAGAAUAUUUCGAACUUAGUCUUUAAUUUCAAAAUUCGCCACCCCUUUACUUAGUGUUUUGCGCUUUGGCUUAACAUGGAGCUCUGCGGGGCUUGUAACAACUACUGUAGUUUUCCUAUCUAAGUCCUCGUCUUUUGCUUCGGUUGACACGAAACUUUCCAAUAUUACUCUUACUGUAAAUUAUCGUUAGUGUGUAGAGUUUGCCGUAAUUAUCAGAAUGUCAACCUACAGGCAAAAAUAAAUUUCAAUUGAUGGUAAAGAGGAGGGGGCUGGGAAGAGCAAGGAAAAAACUGCCAGUCACUGGCCAAUAGUGCUUCGACUCGAUCUAAAUCGGGUAGAAUCAAUACCUUACGUCUGAUUUAGGUGGUAAGCAGUUUGUUUUGGGCGUUUAAGCUGAUUUUACAGCAAGUAUGGCGUGUAUUAAGUUUCGUUUAAGUUGAAAACAGAGUGAGAUCUGAGUACGAGAUUGGUUGUUUUGAAGUUGUUUAUCCGGGACCUUGAAAGGUAAAUAGUCUUUCUGGCUAAAUAGUAUUGAGAGCCGUUUUUAUGAAUAAGGAACUAGACCUAUAACUUGACACGAGAUUUAUUGUCUGUUUGCGCUUUUUUUUUAAGUUUGGAGUUGGUUUCAGUCGAGUGUAAACACAGAUGGAGCCCAUAACUUUCCAGCAACUCGCCAAGUGCAAAAAGGAGAUAUUCUCAGUCUUAAUUGCUUUCCUAUGAUAGCAGGGUUAGUAUGAUUAUUUGUUAAACACCUCGCCAGAUGAGAAUGUUUAAAACUCGUUAUAUUUUGUUUAGUAAGGUCAGGGCUAGCUGAAAACGACGCCCCGGUGGUUUCCUAGCCUCCCCGCAGACGUCCUUUGGGGUUCGUUUGUCACGCAUUCAUUUCUCCCCGAGAGAAAUGAAUGCGUGACAAACGAACCCCAAAGGACGUCUGCGGGGAGGUUAGUGGUUUCCCGGCGUCGCGAAAUGUUGGCUGUUUUCUUUGGCUACACAAGAGUGCUGCUUGACCUAGGGAACACUGUGUAUCCGCUAAUGGAACUUUUCCUGUUUGAACACGUCGCAUGUUUUCUCGUUCUUGGCAAUCGUUGCACAUGCAUUUCCCUUCUUAAAACGCUACCAUGUUCUUCCGUGCUUAAUUAUGUGUAACCGAGCGCUUGAAAUUGUUGCAAGUUUUCAUUCUUGGAUUCAUGCAAAUUUUCUGUUCGUCAAAUCAAGGAAGAACACCUGCUUCCCGCGUUGACUGGUAUUUUUCCUUCGUUUCAAACAGAAACUACUCCGCUUUAGAGCGCACUCUAUUCUACCAUCACGUGCCUUCGGAUCGUCACAUGGAACUAUGGGAAGUCAACAAUAAGGUCCAUAAAAAGGGACUAGAGAUAGUCAAACCAGGCAUGCGCUGUAGCGAUGUUGCAAGAGAGCUAAACGAGAUCUACAUGGAACACGACAUUCUGCAGUACCGUGUCAUUGGUUAUGGUCAUUCCACGGGUGUUCUUACUCAUUACUACGGGAGGGACUGGGGUCUAGAGUUCCUGGAACACGUGGACACUGUUUUAGAACCAGGCAUGGUCAUCACCAUGGAACCCAUGAUAGUGGUUCCCGAAGGACAACCCGGAGCGGGCGGGUACAGGGAACAUGAUACGCUGAUAAUCACGGAAAAUGGAACUGAAAAUACAACUGCUUCGUUUCCUAUUGGUCCAGAGCAGAAUAUUGUUAAAGACUGAUGGCAUUUGCAAUAGAGACCAGUCCAGACGGUCUCAAAAGGGUUAACUGUCAACCGUAAAACGGC